ACUGAGCAGAGCCAAGAUAAAGAGGGUUGGGCUUCUUCCUCAUGAACCCACUCUGCUCGGAGUCGUCAUCGUGACACCUCAGGUCACACACCGGCCUCGCAGGUUCCCCACCGCCGCUCCACCAUGAUCCUGUUCCUGCUCUGUCCUCUUCUGAUCGCAGGUAUUAAAUCACAAACUGCCAACGUGACGGCGGAAGAGCGGAGCAGAGCUGAGGGGAACCAAACCUUCGGUGUCUCCACCGACGAAAAUGUGACGUCCAGUUUGUACGGAGAGGAGAAGAGUCUCAUUGAGGCGGAACUGGAAAAUAACAACCGGACGUUUAUCAGCGAGGAUGACGAGAGGUUUCAGGACCCGGGCACGACGUCUCCUCGCAGACACUGUGAUCACGCCCUGCUGGUCUUCGCCAGUGACAUCCACUGUGGAACAGAAUUUCACAACGUAAUGUUCACGAUCAGCUCAGAAAACUGGUGCCACCUGGAGCACAUCAGCAGGCCGUACAGCGACCUCACGCGGUGUCUGGAGAAGCUGUCGAACUCUGUCGACUGCUUUUAUCCAAACCAGGACACUCAAGACUUCUUCCUCUCCAUCCACUCCCAGUACUUCCACAACUGCAGCAAUGAGGAGCUGGUGUUUGAGGACGCGCCGCACUGGUUGGUGAUGGUCCUCACGCUCAUCCCCGUCAGCAUCAUCCCCGUCCUCGUCUACCUGGUGGUUUGGAAGAGCAAAGUCCAAGAGUGAGACGGUUAGACGCCGACUCACAGAGAAUCUGCUGUGAGUUUUUACUGAACGGAAACAAUUCAAUGAAACCUGGUUAAAUAAACAGUUAUUCUUUAAAAGUUUGGAUGAUGUUUUGGUCCCCGUGAAAUGUGACGCUGCACACGGAGGCGCUGUCGUGUUGAAACAGGAAACACGAAACACGAAUUGAUGCCAGAACCCUCUAUUGUCUAAAGUAUAUAUGUGUUGGAGCAUCCGUUCAUGCAGUUUAUACAGACACUGCAGGUAUGAGUGAAAUACACUGAAAUAUAGUGAAUAAUUGUGUUUAAAACAGAAAUUAAGUCUAGAAUAUGUUAUAAAUACUGUUGAUUUCAUGAUAUGUACAAAAAUACAUACAGAAACUGAAUAUGUGUUUGAAGUACAAGGUUUUAUAAAGGCUACGUUAUUUGUUGAAAA